UGUAGCUGACUUCAACGACAAAUCAAUCAUCAUUAAUGAAUAUUUUUACUUAAUAUUUAUUAAUUCCAUACUUUUUGUUAAAUGGAUUGGACAGCAGAAGCUUCUACAUCAGAGGUUAAAUUAGUUUUUUUUGUUUUUUUAAUUCUAUUUUAGGCAUUUUCUGUUGCAGAUCUUGUUCAACAAACAGCUUCUCAAUUUGUUUUUGAAAAUGUCUUGCCCGGUUUUGUAUAUUAUAAUGAUUAUAAUGCUUAUUACAAUCACGAGACCGGGUAUUUUUAUUAUCCGGUUUGAAUCUUCAUUAUAUUUUCAUCCUUCCACACAAUUAUAUUAUUAUUACAAUGAACAAACUGAAACUUAUGAAAUUUAUGAAAAUAAAGAUGAAAAUAAAUGGACUAAAAAUAAAUAUAAAAAAAGAGCAGCGAAUUUAUUUGGCGAAAAUUUUGUUUUGGAUGCAAAAUUGGAAGAUAUUUUAGUGACAGAAUUAAUUUUUGAUUUGGUUGAUAAAUGUUCUUUUCUAGCUGGGGAUUAUUCAAUUAAAGAAACAAAGAAAAGGAAAAUGUUUGAUGAAGAAGUUUUUGAUGAAUAUGAGGUUUGUACAAAGCAGACUUAUUUUGACCCGACUUUGUCUAGCGAUGAUGAAAUGGAUGAAAAUACGAGUAUUUAUUUUGAUAGUGAAUUGAACAGGAGAAUAGAUGAAGAACAAAUAGCUUGUAAUGCUCCAUGUAUUCGUUUAUUAGAAUUUCCUUCAAAUAAUUUACAUAUUAUAACAAUUUUGGGUGCUUCUAUUGGCUUUGGAUUAAAUUCUGAUAUUAAAUUAUUAAAUUCUCAACAAUUUUUUAAUAAAGAAAUUUUAUUUUAUAUAAAUUAUUUUGAAGAAGGAAAUAAUGGAAUUUAUAAAUUAAAAUUGGAAAUUGACGAUAUUAUUCUAAAAUUGAAUGAAAAACAAAUUAAGUUAAAUAAUGAAUAUAUUAUUUGUCACGGUGAUCAAAUUCAAAUAGAUAAUUCUCAUUCUUUACAUAUACACAUUCAUCGUGGACUAAAUACCUGUCAGGGUUGUGAGCCUGGAAUUUUAGUUUCUUCAAAUAAAAGUUCGGAACAAAUAAAUACCAAAAAAUAUUCAAAAAAUGUGGAACGUCAUCGUCAAACAAAAUUACUUAAACAACAAUAUGGACUAUUAGACAACGAGGAAGAUUUACAAAAUAAUAAAGAAAAAUAUUUGGAUAGAGCUAAACAAAGAAGAAAAUUAAAUUUAUUAGAAAAUGAUAAGAAGGAAAUAAAUAAAGCUGGGGGAAUAUAUGUUGGUUGUAAAGCUGCACCUGUUCCUGGAUGUUCAACAGAUUCAGUUAAUUUUCAUUCCACAGUUUCAAGAAAUGAAGAAAUUUCUGAAAAUAAUAAAGGAUUUAAAUUGUUAAAAGGAAUGGGUUGGAGUGAAGGACAGGGACUUGGAAAGGCAAAUCAAGGAAUGAAAGGACCGAUUGAAACAAUAAUUAAAAAUAAUCGGGCAGGAUUGGGAAUGUUUGUAAAAACGAAAGAAAAUGCAAGGGAAAAUGUUGCAAAUGAUAAAUUGGUAAUUUUGGAGAAAGUACGUCAACGAUAUGAACAAAUUGAUAAUAAAAAAUGAAAAUAAAUUGACUAAAUAAAAUUGUAUAAAACUUUUUU